UUUCCUUAAUGUUUUUAAACAGGUUAUGUUUAGAAGAGAGAAAGUUUCUACUGUGUAUGUCUGUGGUGUCCGUGCAGCUCAUCUAUUGAUACUUCUUUUGUAACUCCAUGGUAAAACAGCUUCUGAGAGUAGCAGUUUGGUUACCACAUCCAGAAGUCACUUUUAAGAAAAUGACUGCUAAAAGUCUUUGUAGUGCUCAAAUACUGUUGCUUCAGUUGAAAGAAGGCAGAUUGUGUAGUUGCAGGUUUCCAAAAACUCAGCAGUUCUGGAUUGGAAUUCUAAACUAUUGCACCAUAAGAGCGCCAUGUAACAGAGUUAAAUUCCAGGUUUCCAAGGUCAAUGAUAAACGGUCGGUAGUAGAUACAAGAAUGGCUGCUAGUGCAGAGGGAACUAAAAUAGCUGCUGGAAAAACUCCCAGUAGCAUAUGUGAUGGAAGCCAACGUUCAUUAGAAGCAAAAAUGAAACAUAUCAAUCUGUCAUUUGCAGCUUGUGGGUUUCUGGGUAUUUACCACUUGGGGGCAGCAGCUGCUUUUUACAGGCAUGGUAAGAAGUUGCUGAAAGUUGUGAAAGCUUUUGCGGGAGCUUCUGCAGGAUCACUGGCUGCCACUGUCUUAUUAGCAGUACCAGAAAAUAUAGAGAAAUGUAAGCAGUUUGCCUAUGGAUUUGCAGAGGAAGUUAGAAAAUUGGACUUUGGUGCUGUAACGCCUGGUUAUGAUUUUAUGAAAACACUGAGGGAAGGCAUAGAGUCUAUUCUUCCUUCUAAUGCUCACGAGAUAGCUGAGAACCGUCUCUAUGUGUCAGUCACUAGCACCAAAAAUGGGGAAAAUCAUUUGGUUUCAAGUUUUGCCUCCAGGGAGGACCUCAUUAAGGUCCUGUUAGCAAGUAGUUUUGUACCAGUAUAUGCAGGGAUUAAGCCAGUGGAAUAUAAAGGAGAGAAGUGGGUUGAUGGUGGCCUUACCAAUGGCCUUCCUAUCUUGCCUGUUGGAAGAACUGUGACGAUUUCGCCUUUCAGUGGUCGAUUAGAUAUCUGUCCACAAGAUAAAGGACGUAUGGAUCUCUAUGUUAAAUUUGCAAAACAAGAUAUAAUGCUGUCUCUGGCCAACCUAGUAAGGCUUAAUCAAGCUUUGUUCCCACCAAACCAGGAGAAAAUGGAAUCGUUGUACCAAAAUGGAUUUGAUGAUGCUGUGCGUUUUUUACUGAAAGAAAACUGGUUUGAAUAGACGGUAUAUAGAAAACUAACAAAACCUGGUGGCUGUCAAAACACAGCUACAGGCAUCCUACAGAAUCUAAGGGAUUGCUGUCUCAAUUCCAGUUUCUGGAAAUAAAAAUCCCGAUGGAACUGGAUCUGCUUCUGCCAAGAAAGUAUCAGUUGCACUCCGAAGAACUCUAUAAACAUGUCAGAAUGGGAAUUGUACUUGCCUGGUGUAGUUGUCUUGUUUUGAGGAGGUUCAAGCUUAGAUCCAUUUUGCUUUGGCUGAGGACUUGAGUGUGGGACUUGUAAAAAGCUCAUGCUGUCAUAAGUGCAGAAAUUUUGAAAAGUCUUCAAUGUUAUUUGAGAGACAAAUCGAGGUUGUACCAUGAAAAAUUAAAAUCUGUAUUGUUCACUUAAUGUAACAGUUGUGUGUGCUAAUUGGAUGCUUGCAAUAUUGCUGAUCUAAUACAUAUUUUGCAGUGUUCUAAAAGACCUGAACACUUAGCACUAGUCACAAGAAAUAAAACAUUUGCAGUCUUUUGCUCUGUGUAUUUUUUCACAUUAAAAGUUCUUGACUUUUUCAGUGUAUGUGGUCUUUUAAAAUUUGAAAUAAUAGUUGAAAUUUGUAACAGAAGUGUGAUUGAACAUAAAAAUAUCUUUUAAAGCU